CGCGGAUUCUUGUGGUGAGAACCGCCCGAUGCGUGUGGGGUUCGAAUUAAUCGAAGGGGCGCCAAUUAACUGUUUGACCGAUUAAUUACAUUAACCACAGUAGCUAUUCUCAUAACACAUUGAGCGAACUUGAAUCUCAAUUUCAGAACUAUAGAUCCUUCUGAUUUUGUGACAAACUCAUUUUCUGGAAUAAGGGAUUGGGCUUAAGAAUCGAGGUUGAAAGUAUAUAAAUAAAUUCAAAAGAAAAGGUCGAACCAAAAUUUGAAUGACGAUGGAAUUGAGACGGAGGAGAGGGCACUCCUCGAAUCACUCUCAAAUUACUUGUGCUUCCUGGUUACCAGUACCCACUUCAAGUGCUGAUGAAUCCAAGUUGAUUGUAUUGGGAAAGGCAGAAUCAAAAACAGAUGGCACCACUGGAAUUUUACAGCUUGCCUUAUACAAUUUUAAGACUGAUGAGUUUGGUUCGAAGGGGGCGGAAGAGGAAGGAGGAGGAGAAGAAGGAGGCCCUGUGUGUAUAGCUGCUCACCCAGGAGGCGAUGGAGUGGUGGUUUCCUUCUCUAAAUGCUGCAAGUACUUUGAACUUGAUGAUUUAAAAUCAAAGCUGAAGGUAUCAGAUAAAGUUCUAUCUCCUCUUUUAGGAGUAGGGCCUCAGAAAUGCCUCACAUUUAGUGUUGAUGGAUGCAAGUUGGCAGCUGGAGGAGAGGAUGGGCACCUUCGUGUUUUUGAAUGGCCAAGCAUGCAGCUUUUACUGGAUGAACCAAAAGCUCAGAGUUCAUUCAAAGACUUAGAUUUCAGCUUGGACUCUGCCUUUUUGGCUUCAACGUCCAAUGCUGGCCCUGCAAGAGUUUGGGACAUCACAAAGACUGUACCAAUAGCCACUUUAGCACGUGAUCAGGGUGAUAGCAUUGACUUUUGUAGAUUUUCUCGGGAUGGAACUAAGCCUUUCCUUUUUUGCACUGUGACAAGAGGUGGCAAAUCAAGUAUCGCAGUUUGGAAUAUGGCUACAUGGAAGAAAUUAGGGCAGAAGAAGUUCUUUGACAAACCGAUCUCAGCAUUUGGCAUCAGUCGAAAUGGAAAGUUUCUUGCUAUAGGAAGCAUUGAAGGGGAUAUAUCUAUAAUAGAAGUGCAAAAAAUGCAAGUGCAACAUUCAAUCAAAAGAGCACAUGUUGGUGCAACUGUCAGAUCAAUAGAAUUUUCCUGCAAUGGAAGAGCAUUGUUGUCAAUGUCAGAUGAAUGGGCUGCAAGAGUCAAUCCAAUUCAGUGUGGAGCAGAUUGGAAAGAUUGGCAGAUAUAUUUGGUACUGCUGACGAUGAUCAUCAUAUCCGCUAUUCUUUUCUACAUAUUUUUUGAGCAUUCGGAUUCAUUUUGGAACUUUCCUCUUGGAAGAGAACAGCCAGCAAGACCUCCCAUUGAAGCGAUUCUUGGUGAUCCUGUUUCUCCUGAUGAUCAGAAUGUUUGGUGACAGGCUGGUAUCCAAGAAUAAUUUUGGUUCAGUUAAUUGAUUUAUAUAUGAAUUGAAUCUGUUUCUCUUGCAUUUUCUAAAUUUCUUGGUUUUGUUGUUCUCCUUUAUGUUAUGGACAAAUGGCCUCAAUCACUUCUGUAGAUAUGGUGGAUAUCAACCACUAUUGGUCUUGUUUCUUUAAAAUCUAAAAUUUGGAAGUGGCAUUUUUGAAGCAAAGUCUUGAUCAAGCACAUUACAUGACCAUUUUACAAUGUAUCAAAUCCUAAUAAUCAAGUUCAAAAGAAUUUCAUGUGGUGUUUUUGAAAAAUUCAGGAAUCAUUUUUAUUUGGAGUUCAA